GAAAUACUGGAAGGCAGUCACGAAGGGAAGAACCCUGAGCCAGAGCAGCCCGACAGUCAUGAAAGUCUUUCCCCCACCAGGCGCAUCAUACAUGACCUGCUUGAGACGGAAGAGAUUUAUAUAAAAGAGAUUAAGAGCAUAAUUGAUGGAUAUAUCACUCCAAUGGAUUUUAUUUGGCUGAAGCAUCUGAUUCCAGACGUUCUUCAGAAUAACAAGGAGUUUCUCUUUGGGAAUAUUAGAGAACUUUAUGAAUUUCACAACAGGACUUUUCUAAAAGAAUUAGAAAAGUGCACCGAAAACCCUGAACUUCUGGCACGCUGCUUUCUCAAGAGAAAAGAAGAUCUUCAAAUAUAUUUUAAAUACCAUAAGAAUCUGCCCCGAGCUAGGGCAAUCUGGCAAGAAUGUCAAGACUGCACCUUCUUUGGGGUAUGCCAGCGCCAACUGGAUCACAAUCUCCCUCUUUUUAAGUAUCUCCGAGGACCAAGCCAGAGACUUAUAAAAUACCAGAUGCUGUUGAAGGUAAAGUCGAUGAGACAGUGCUUUCCUGUGCUGGGAAAACACACGUGUGCUAUGAUGCUCUUUUCCUUAGGCAUGCAGAGCUGUGACUUCAUCUCUUCAAAGGAGAAGAAGAUAUGUCUCUCCUUUAGGCUUUUUCUGUCCUCCAAGUCCAAAGCAGCGUACCUCAGUGAGGAGAAGGACCAAAGAAUCAGAGAGUUGAAAGGGACCUGGAAGCCUGGCUGGUCCAACAUGUGGCCUAGGGCAUGAAUCUCUCAGGAGGCUGGUUUGGGGCAGGAGAGGUCCUGGGGAGCAACGGGAG